CUUUUAGAAGCAGGUCUUGAUCUGACUGCAAGAUGAAAACAGAGCAAGCCAAACCACAGUAAGAACAUCAACUCAUUCCACGAGAGCAGUGUUCAAAGUGAGGUUAUGGCUCAUGGACUGCAGAUAAGAGACGAACAAAGUGGCUACAACAAAAAUCUAUUUUGCAUUCCUAAGCAUUAUGAAGAAGAUUUAGAAAGAGUCUUCAUUCCUCAUGGACUCAUCCUGGACAGGACAGAACGCUUGGCUAGAGAUAUCAUGCAAGACAUGGGAAGUCAUCACAUUGUUGCACUCUGUGUCCUUAAAGGAGGCUAUAAAUUCUUUGCUGAUUUGCUGGACCAUAUAAAAGCACUAAAUCAAAAUGGUGACAAAUCUGUGCCUAUUACUGUGGAUUUUGUUAGAAUAAAAAGCUACUGUAAUGAUUCACCUGCAGGAAAAAUCAGUUUUGUUGGCGAGGAACUGUCUACACUAAAUGGGAAGAACGUGUUAGUAGUAGAGGACAUUAUUGAGACGGGUAGAACAAUGAAAGCACUACUUUCAAAAAUAAAAGACAAGAAACCAAGGAUGGUUAAAGUUGUAAGCUUGCUUGUUAAAAGGACAUGUCGAAGCCCAGGUUACAGGCCAGACUAUAUAGGCUUUGAAAUUCCAGAUAAAUUUGUGGUUGGAUAUGCCCUUGACUAUAACGAAUACUUCAGAGAUCUAAAUCAUAUCUGUAUUCUGAAAGAGAAUGCCAAAGAGAAAUAUAGGAUGUGAUAACAUCAGUCUUCUGGAACAACAGUUCAGGGACAUCUACAACUGUGCAGACAAGCAAGAAGUGACCUACUAAUUGUGCUUUUUUCACUGAAGAACUACAACAUUUUCUAAACAUACUAGUCUAUGUAUAAUUUCCUAGAGUGAUUAUGUAAAACACCUAAAGGUGAAUGAGGUUUGUUCAAGUUUCAGUGAAA